AUGCAAUUUAUAUAUUAUCUGAAAUCAUGUACUUUUUAUAUAAAAAUUAUUUGCUGUUCUGAAUUUUAAAUAAGUAUUAGUAAUGAUAGUCUAUUAAAUAAAUAUUUUGAAACUAAAAACAAUGGUGAUUCAUAAAAGUUUGUUGAAUUAGAAAAAUCCUAAACCCAUUUAAGGCAUACUACUGUCUCAGCCAAAUUUAUAAUCUAAAGGUACAAGAAUCAUUUUAGAGGGUAAAAUUUUAAGGAUUUAAUUUUUUAUAACUUUUAUCCAUAUUUCUCACUCAAAGUAGUCUAAAAUCUUCAUUUUCACUUCUAAAUAAAAGCAGAAUUGAUAAAUUAAUCACCUAAUUUAUUUAGAGAUUUUGAUAUUCAUGUUACUUAGAAUAAUCUCUUUUGUGAAUUUGCAAAUGUGUGUGAAUUUUUAGACUAAUAUCUCAGAAUAAUGUUCAAUUUAAUUUAAUUUAAAUUCACUCUUAUUAAAUUAAAUAGAUAAACAACGCAAUAAGAUAGGAAACUCUUUAUUCAUUAAUCACAAAUAAACUUGUUUAAUGAUAAAUAUCAAAGAUGUAGAAAAAUUAGUAUAAGAAAUUUAAAUAAGAAUUUGAUUAUGGAAAAUUUAGAGAAGUAAAUCAAAAAUUCUUUUCUACAGUCAAAGAGAAAUAACUAUUGGUUUAAUUAAAGUUAGAUUGAGUUGAAAGGAUGA